GUCAUCACGUGAGGUCCGUGGAAACGCCCGCCUUAAACAUGGCGGCGCCCGUGAAGAGCGUGCGAUAGUUCCUUCAUAGAGUGUCAAAGAUCAACCACUUCACAAUGUCACCUGCUUAAUGCCGAAGUCCUCGCGUACUAUAUGGACAGUCGAGAGUUCACAGCCUCCCUUGUGGCAGGCGGUUGUGCGGGAAUGUGUGUAGAUCUCACUCUCUUCCCUCUGGACACCAUAAAGACAAGGUUACAGAGCCAGCAGGGCUUCUACAAGGCGGGAGGUUUCCGAGGGAUCUAUGCAGGGGUCCCGUCAGCUGCUAUAGGCUCCUUUCCCAAUGCUGCUGCAUUCUUUGUCACCUAUGAAAGCACCAAGUCGUUAUUCACUGGUUACAGUGCUACAAACUUGGCCCCCUUCACUCACAUGCUGGCCGCUUCACUAGGAGAAAUUGUCGCCUGUCUGAUCCGUGUCCCGACUGAAGUAGUAAAGCAGAGGACACAGGCCAAUCCCUCUCUCAAUACCUACCGGGUGCUGCUGAAUACACUACAAGAAGAGGGUUUCAGAGGCUUGUACAGAGGUUAUGGCAGUACAGUACUUAGGGAGAUCCCAUUCUCACUGGUGCAGUUUCCACUCUGGGAGUACCUAAAGGCCGUGUGGUGGAGGAGGCAGGGGGGACGGCUGGACUCUUGGCAGGCAGCAGUGUGCGGAGCUCUUGCAGGUGGAGUAGCAGCGUUCGUCACAACUCCGCUAGAUGUUGCGAAGACUUGGAUAAUGUUGGCUAAGGCUGGGACGAGCACAGCCAGUGGAAACAUCCCAGAGGUUCUGUAUGAGGUUUGGAGGAGCCGAGGAAUACCUGGGCUGUUCGCCGGCAGCAUCCCCAGAGUGGCGUUCAUCAGCAUGGGAGGCUUCAUUUUCCUCGGAGCAUAUGAGAAAGUGCGCCGUACGCUUUUAUAAACACCAUCAUCAUGGAACGCUGUGGGUCAGUUUGUAUUGGAUUGGUUUCUUCAACCCAAACUCUGACUGUACGGCCAAAACUGCAAAGCAAGGUCAGAGACCAGGAGCAAACAGCAAACCACAGAUCAGUGGAGGUUGGUCAAAACGCACCCUCUGUCCCAGUUUGAACCGGUGGUCUUGAGGGCUACGGCGAGGACACCUGGUGCCUGGAUAAAAAGAUCACAUAACACAGUGGUUUGCAUUCCUGCUCAUCAGUGCACAACAGAUUGAGUUUAACUGCCUGAAUUCCACUUAUGUUGCAACACAGAUCAAAUUCAAACUAGAUAUCAUUUUUGCAAGCUUACAUGGAUCUAUUAAAAAAGUAAUUUUACAAAAAUGAAUCGGCUGUUUGUAUUAAAACAUGACUGCGCUGGUAUUUAUAUACUAAACUCAUCAGUAACGAGUUAAAAUGCAUUACCAAUAUUAUUCCAGUGGAUUAUCGUUACAUGUUAAGUCUAGACUUUGAUCCCCAAGCUUGCUCUACCUGAUUCACUAUUAUUAACUGAAAAAACACAGAGAAAAAAGACAGAUUAGUCCACAGGUGUGAAUGUUUGUCAGACCUGUCACGAAGUGUGGAGCACAAGAACAAUACAGAGCAUUUGACUAGAGCAACAGUGGGCCGUUCCAGCCCUACAGCUCUUAGUCAACAACCACCUUUCACUGGAAUGUGCUUUCUGUCCAAACACACAACUCAAAUAAAUACAGUGAACGAG